UCCGAUUCUGGCUUCGAGGAAGAGAGCGGGGCGGAGAUGACCGCGCCGGUGUCGGUCUCGGUGAAGGUAGAGGCGCCUGCGUGCCCUGCUCAACCCGAGCCUGCCCCCGUUAACCCGCCGAAGGUCGACGAAGUGGUCUCUGCCCCUCUCUCUGAGCCCGACAGUGUUGUCGCCGACGAGUCCACGGAGACGGACAUUGCUUCCCAGGCACCGUCUAUUCCCUCCGGUUUCGACGUGCUCGUCCGCGUCCUCCAGGAGGUCGGCCCAGGCGGCGAGUACCGCAUGAAGCGGCUCGAUCUCGCCGAGCUCAUGUCGGCCAAGCACGGCCGCAUGCCGUACGUCCAGGCGGGCGUUGGCAAGUUCAGCCGCUACCUCGAGCUGGCGGUGAGCUUGGGCAUCGUGGAGGUCGAGGGGAAGAUCGUCGGCGGGAAGAGAAAGGCGAAGACGGCGGUGGUGAUACUGAGGGAGGCGUAUCGGGCGAGUCCCAUUGCGUCGCCGUCUGUGUCGCCAAUGCCAUCGGAGGAGUCUGACGCUCCUGCGCAGACCUCUGUGCCCGUUUUCGAGCAAGCACCUUCCACCGAGGAGCCUGCUUCGCUGGAGACAGAGGCGCUUAUCACCACCUCUGAUGCGGCUGAGUCCACGGCUGCAGGGGAAGUUAUCGCGGAAGAGUGCACGACUUGCGAGUCCCCUGCCACCGUAGUGAACGAGCCACUGGCCGCCGACACCCAGGAGGUGCCCCUCGCCGUGAAGACGACGCCGUUCAGCGAGCAGUCGUCCUGGGCCUUCGAGCUCAUCUCACCGAACCCACCGGAGAUCGAGAUUGACUUUUCCUGCACCGAGUCCCUCGAGACUCUGGUCGCAUCCAGCAACACAUUCAUGACUUUCGACAAGCCAUCCGUAACUGACAUCGACGAAGAAGACACGGCUGCCGCUGCGGAAACACACAUCUCUGCGCCUCAGUCGUUCGUCUCCGACAUAUCGACCGUCGACGUGGACGAUCCCACACCCUCGCCACCGCCGUCCGCGACCGCCGGCGACAUCGAUGUCCUCAUCGAGGUCUUACACAGUCACCUCGACAAGGGCUUCACGGAGCCCCUCCGCAGUAUUGUCGAUUUCGACCUCCGCUAUCGCCUCGGCUGGGAGGGAAACCUCAACGGUCUCUUCCUACAGGCUGAAGCCGCUGGUCUCAUCCGCACCGGCGUGCAUCGAUACAGCGGGCUGGAAUGGGUCGCACUCGUACCCGCGUACUAAUUAUCGCAGACUGCCGCUGCUUGCGCCAUCGCCUCGCUUGGACGAGGUGAUGCGCGUCUGGUGGCGAAAUCAAACUUGUAACUAUUGGCGUUGUGGUGUGUACCCAUAUAAUAUUGACCUGUAUCGCUCUCGUUCGUGUCGACGCUCUCAUUUAGUCUCCAGUACGCUUGACUGCGACUUGUAUUAUACUGCUCGCUCUCGAAGCCAAUGCAAUAUCUAUCGCUGCUC